CUACUUUGUGUUCUCCCUUCCCUAUCAACCAAGCUUGCUUAAUUUGCUUCAGAAUUGGGAGAAGGAAUUGCAGCCAGAAAAUAUGUGAGUUUUUAAACCUACAGAUUAUUCUUACUUUAGAAUGAGUUGUUAUGUUGGCAGGAAAAAAUAAAUGCAGAUGUUGGAUCAUGUUGGAAAUCUUGUCAAAAGAGUGGAUUGUCUCACACAGAAUGGAGAUGUGGCUUCUGAUUCUGGUGGCAUAUAUGUUCCAGAAAAGUGUGAAUUCAGUACAUAUGCCAACUAAAGCUGUGGACCCAGAAGCAUUCAUGAAUAUUAGUGAAAUCAUCCAACAUCAAGGCUAUCCCUGUGAGGAAUAUGAAGUCACAACUGAAGAUGGGUAUAUCCUUUCUGUUAACAGAAUUCCUCGAGGCUUACUGCAACCUAAGAUGACAGGUUCCAGGCCUGUGGUGUUACUGCAGCAUGGCCUAGUUGGAAGCGCUAGCAACUGGAUUUCCAACCUGCCCAACAAUAGCCUGGGCUUCAUUCUGGCAGAUGCUGGUUUUGAUGUGUGGAUGGGGAACAGCAGGGGAAAUACCUGGUCUCGAAAACACAAGACCCUCUCCAUAGACCAAGAUGAGUUCUGGGCUUUCAGUUAUGAUGAGAUGGCUAGGUUUGACCUUCCUGCAGUGAUAAACUUUAUUUUGCAGAAAACGGGCCAGGAAAAGAUCUAUUAUGUCGGCUAUUCACAGGGCACCACCAUGGGGUUUAUUGCGUUUUCUACCAUGCCAGAGCUGGCUCAGAAAAUCAAAAUGUAUUUUGCUUUAGCGCCCAUAGCCACUGUUAAGCAUGCAAAAAGCCCUGGGGUCAAAUUUUUGUUGCUGCCAGAUAUGAUGAUCAAGGGAUUAUUUGGCAAAAAAGAAUUUCUGUAUCAGACCAGAUUUCUCAGACAGUUUGUUAUUCACCUUUGUGGCCAGAUGAUUCUUGAUCAGAUUUGUAGUAAUAUCAUGUUACUUCUGGGUGGAUUCAACACCAACAAUAUGAACAUGAGCCGAGCAAAUGUAUAUGUUGCCCACACUCUUGCUGGAACAUCUGUGCAAAAUAUUCUACACUGGAGCCAGGCAGUGAAUUCUGGUGAACUCCGGGCAUUUGACUGGGGGAGUGAGACCAAAAAUCUGGAAAAAUGCAAUCAGCCAACUCCUGUAAGGUACAGAGUCAGAGAUAUGACGGUCCCUACAGCAAUGUGGACAGGAGGUCAGGACUGGCUUUCAAAUCCAGAAGAUGUGAAGAUGCUGCUCUCUGAAAUGACCAACCUCAUCUACUAUAAGAAUAUUCCUGAAUGGGCUCAUGUGGAUUUCAUCUGGGGUUUGGAUGCUCCUCACCGUAUGUACAAUGAAAUCAUCCAUCUGAUGCAGCAGGAGGAGACCAGUCUUUCCCAGGGACGGUGUGAGACCGUAUUGUGAAGCAUCCGAUACUGAUGGGUCUAGGACAACCUCAUGAGGGAGGGGGCUAGGACCCAUGAAGGCAGAAUUAGGGAGGGCAGAGACCUAGUAUACAUUUUUCAGAUUGCCCGUACUUGGCACUAAAUCUGAUGUUUACUUUUUUUCGGUAAAUUAAAGUACUCAUUGGGUAAAGAGGUUUUAUAUGCUAUUAUAUAUUCUAUCAUUUUGAAAGGUAGAUUUUACCUGACAGCCAGAAAGUACUAGACAUUCUCUGACAGACAAGUAAAUCUCUUUAAAGCAUUUAAUUUUUUUUUCUAUAAGCCAUAUAUUUUGAGCACUAAAGUAAAAUGACUAAUUGGGACAGAUAUUGAGGUCUGGAAUCUCUGGAUUGUUGUUGACUUUGACAAAAAUAGCUAGACAUUUUCACCUUGUUGCCAUAGAGACAACACUACCUCAGGAAGCUGAGCUGCUUUAACAACAACAAAAUCAAUGUUACAUUAGAUGAAAUAUAUGUUAAGCACUCUCAGAAUAAGGCCAGGUUUUACAGUUGGAUCUCAGGGAAGAAAAUGUGAUAGGAUGUUUAUGAGUUUUCCAAUAAAUGCAUUCUGCAUUCCAUAAA